CGACAAAGAACGGCAUUCACUACUCAGCGAAAAUCGAACAUGUCUGGACGUGGCAAAGGAGGCAAGGGACUCGGAAAGGGAGGCGCUAAGCGUCAUCGUAAGGUGUUGCGUGACAACAUCCAGGGCAUCACCAAGCCCGCCAUCCGUCGUCUGGCCCGCCGUGGUGGUGUCAAGCGUAUCUCUGGUCUUAUCUACGAGGAGACCCGUGGCGUCCUCAAGGUCUUCCUCGAGAACGUCAUCCGUGAUGCCGUCACCUACACCGAGCACGCCAAGCGUAAGACCGUCACCGCCAUGGACGUCGUCUACGCUCUGAAGCGCCAGGGCCGCACUCUGUACGGCUUCGGCGGCUAGACUACCUGGAUUGAAACAACGACCCCCGGCCCUUUUCAGGGCCACCCCAAAUCUUCCCUAAAGAACUGUUCGCAUUCACACAUGCGGAAUUAGGCUCCUCGCAAAUUUUCUCCCACGACAGCCAGCGCGGUCCUCC